AUGGGCCAGGGUGGUCAUGGCCUGCAUUGUUGCAUCAUGGAAUACCAUGCACAAUAUGACCUGGUCAUGUUCCGCAUAUUUAUGAGCAGCAGCAACGGUCGCUGCGUGCGCCACGGGGACAGCUGGCAGCAACUACAUGCACUGUCACCAUCGAGUAGCUUCAAGGGAGAUUGGUUGGUGCUACCGCCGCCCCCUUCGGAAUCACACCUGCGUGAUGCCGCGGUGCUGGAGGCGACGGGGGCAGCAGCAGCUGCUGCAGCCGAGGUGGCGGCAGCUGCUGCAGCAUCACCAUUAUCAAAGAAGUACCCGUCCAGGGCAGAUUCCAUGCGAAUCGUUGCCAAGGCAUUCGCCGACGUUGCCAAGGCCUAUGCCGAUGCUGGCACUGCCGACGACUCAGCUGACACCGCUGACACUAACCACACCACCAACGGUGCCAACAUCAGAAUGCUUGGCACGGGCCCUAGGUUACUCUACCCUGAUCCCCAGCCGCCAUCCUUGGCUCUUCCCAACGAGCCCCCUGUACCAGGAUUGUAG